AUGGAUUUGCAAGAACAUGAAUCAAGAACACAACAAGUUGGGUCCAACGAUGGAGAUGAUGAUUACAUAGACAUGGAGCUCAAUCUCUCUUCUUCUUCUCCAUCCUCAAGCUUCAUCAGCUUCUCCGUCACCUGCUCUCCGCCGCACAGCCGAGAGUUCGAGUUUCAAAUGUGCUCCUCCGCCGCAGCUUCCGGCGAAUCCACCACAUCUCCGGCCGAUGAGCUCUUCUACAAGGGUCAACUCCUCCCUCUCCACCUCCCUCCUCGUCUCCAAAUGGUCCAAAAGCUUCUCGCCUCCUCCUCCUCCGCCGCCGCCGCCGCCGUCGAAACAACUACCACAAAUUCCCCACGCGCCACCGCAUCCUCGCCGCGGAGAUUCAGCAGCAGCGAGAUCGAAGUAAGCGGCACGGACGAGCAUUGUUUCUUCGAGAUUUCCACGGAGCUCAAGAGAUUCAUCGAGAACAACAGCGAGAAUCCUGGAAACAGUUGGAGCAAAAAGAUCAAACACUCAUCGAUUACUCAGAAGCUCAAAGCCUCACGCGCUUACCUCAGAGCUCUGUUUUCCAGACCAGGAUGCUCAGAUUCAUCAGAGAUUCAUCCAAAAUUCAGAAUUGAAGGCAUCAAGACCUCAAAACCCUCGAAAAAGAAGAGCCCAAACAGCAACAAUCCUCCAUUGAUUCACAGGAGAUCGUUCUCUGGUGUGCUACAGAGGCACUCUCAAGCAAAGUGUUCUUCGUCUUCUUCCUCUUCUUCUUCUUCGUCGUCUUCGCUUUCCUCUUCGUUCAGUUUCGGAUCGAACGGGUCGUUGGAUCUGCAGACGCUGAUGAGGAGCAGCAACGCGAGCUCGGUUGAUAACUCCAUUGAAGGAGCGAUUGAGCAUUGUAAGCAGUCGUUUACGACUAGGAAGAGCAAUGUGUGCGAAUCUGAGCUCUCUUCUUCAAGAACCUCUGUUUCUACUUGCGGUGACAUUGAGAAAGGAUGA